AGAGCGAUGGCUUAGACUUCAUACUUUUUAUACACGGUAGUCAAACAAAUCGGACCCCUUUCAACUCUGAGUGGAUAUACACGCCAGGCUUCUGGCUUCUUUAACGUCAACGGACUUGAGUUGAACCCUCUUCUCGAACCGGUGACGCGUUCGGUCUCAUUUCGCGGUAAGAGUGGAUCCCGAGGAAAGUUUAAAUCCCUGCGUUGCGCUGGAGAGGUGUGCGCAUUUACCGACUUGACUCUCGCUUUCCCCCCUUUUCUGUCAAGUUUAAACGAAGAGGCGUCGUGGAUUAGAAUAGAAACAGAAACAUUCCUCCGUUUAUUUUGCAGCGUACAGGAGACAGUUUUUUGUUGGCCAUCUCGCCGUUUUGCGUAAAACUUAACUCCCAACAGCAUGCCGGACAAGUGUUGUGCUGCGUAACGAGUUGAACCGGCUCGACGGUGACCUCCGACUGGCGUUUCUGCGCUCGCUUCCACGUAAAAACCGCUGUUUGGUUUCACGGCUUUCAGAGGCAAAAGUUACCGAAGUGAGCGGACACCAUGGCCGGCAUGAGCAAUGCCCACAUGAAAACCCUAGAGGACCUGACGUUGGACUCGGGCUACGGGGCGGGGGACUCAUGCAAGUCCCUCAGCCUCUCGUCGUCCAAGUCCAACUCGCAGGCUUUCAUCGCGGCCCCUCACCGGGGCAACUGGUGGUACUACUCUGGCUCCAUGAACAGCAGGAACAACAGCUGGGACACGGUCAACACGGUCCUCCCCGAGGACCCCGAGGACAUAUUUUCCAAGUGCCCCCGCUUACCUGAGCUGGAGGAGUUCCCCUGGACAGAGGAUGAGGUGGCCAAGAUCCUGCGUAAAGUGACCGGGAGCUGUAACGCCAAAGGGGUACCUGCACUUGCGUCGCCCCCGGGGGUAUGCGCACCCACCUUCUCACCGGAGGCCGUGAGGCGUUUGUCAAAUCUUCUCCGGAGGGCACUGAUCCGCAUCUCUCGAGAGGCGCAGCGGUUGAGCGUCAUGCACUGUCGUUGUACGCGUUUCGAGGUGCAGAGUGCCAUAAGGCUGGUGCUCAGCUGGGCUCUGGCCGACCACUGCGUCUCCGCCACCGUCAAGGCCAUCUCUCUGUACAGCAUGAGCGCCGGGGAGCUCCUGCGGAAGGGGAAGUCCGCCCGCUGCGGCCUGUCCUUCUCCGUGGGACGUUUCUUCCGCUGGAUGGUGGACACCCGCAUCUCCGUGCGCAUCCACGAGUACGCGGCGAUUUGCAUGACCGCUUGCAUGGAGGCCCUGGUGGAAGAGGUAGGAGCCCGCGUCCUGAUGGCCGAGGAGAGGGGUCAUCCGGGGCCGGAUUCGGGGUCAGCGUGCAACCCGGUAACAGCAGAGGCCCUGGAGGGAGUGGUGAACAAUGACGCCGAGCUGUGGGGGGUCCUGCAGCACUAUGAACACCUGAUCUGCGGGAAGAACGCCAAUGGUGUUCUGUCUCUCCCAGCCCACUUCAGCCCAUAUACAGAGGGUCAGCAGAGUGCCGUGGAGAGCAGGGAGGAUGCCUAUGCCCAGCUGGAGCUGAGGACUUUGGAACAGUCCCUGCUGGCCACCUGUGUUGGCAGCAUCUCUGAACUCAGUGACUUGGUAUCCCGUGCCAUGCACCACAUGCAGCGUCUGGGUUCAGUACGCCCGGGGCUGAGCCCGGCCCGCCACGCCCGUCCCCAGCAGCCCGUGUCCUGGUCGCCAGACGCCCUCCACACCCUCUACUACUUCCUCCGCUGCCCGCAAAUGGAGUCCAUGGAAAACCCCAACUUGGACCCUCCACGCAUGGCCCUCAGCAAGGAGAGGCCUUUUCUGUUGCUCCCUCCUCUGAUGGAAUGGAUGAGAGUGGCCAUUGUUCACGCUGAGCAUCGCAGAAGCCUUUUGGUGGACAGCGAUGAUGUCCGACAGACCGCCAGACAGCUCCUUCCAGGACUGGACUGUGAACCAAGACAGCUCAAGCCUGAGUGUUGUUUCAGCUCCUUCAAGCGUCUGGACUCCAAGGCUGCCACUGACAAGUUCCAUCUGGACUUGGGCUUUCGCAUGCUCAACUGUGGACGCACUGAUCUCAUUGGCCAAGCCAUCGAUCUGUUGGGGCCAGACGGGGUUAACAGCAUGGAUGACCAGGGUAUGACACCUCUGAUGUAUGCCUGCUCCGCUGGAGAUGAGGCCUUGGUCCAGAUGUUGAUCGAUGCCGGGGCCAACCUUGACGUGGCGGUACCACCCUGCUCUCCAAAACACCCCUCCGUACAUCCUGACAGCAGACACUGGGCGGCCCUCACCUUUGCUGUGCUGCAUGGUCACAUCUCUGUAGUGCAGCUGCUGUUGGAUGCAGGGGCCAAUGUGGAGGGGGCCGCAGUCCGCAAUGGACAGGAGAACACAGCAGACACUCCGCUACAGCUGGCCUCGGCAGCAGGUAACUAUGAGAUGGUCAGUUUGCUCCUGGCACGAGGGGCCGACCCCUUAUCAAAGACACAUGAUGGAAACGCCCUGACAGCCUCCCUCUUUGAGGAUAUGAACUGCUUCAGCCACGCUGCCGCACACGGACACAGGAAUGUGCUGAGAAAGCUACUGACCCAGCCCCAGCAAGUCAAAGAGGAUGUCCUGUCUCUGGAGGAGAUUCUAGCUGAGGGAGUGGAGGGUGAGGAGGCCCGGGGCAACCCUUUCCUCCCUUUCUCCCCUCUGCCCACAUCGUCCUCUGGCCCCGGGGCCGUGUCAGAGGGGGGCAUCCCCAGGCUCUGCAAGGCCAGGAUGAAGGCCCUGCAGGAGGCCAGCUACUACAGCGCCGAGCAUGGAUACCUGGAUGUCACCAUGGAGCUACGUGCCAUGGGUGUGCCGUGGAAGCUUCAUGUGUGGCUGGAGUCCCUGCGCAGCGCCCAGCAGCAGUCCAGAGCCGGGGUCACCCUGUCCCUCCUCAGAGAGUUCACCACCAUCAGAGAGGAGGACUACUGCCAGGAGCUGGUCUCCACAGGCCUGCCGCUCAUGUUCAACAUACUACGCACCACCAAGAACGAUGCUAUCAUCCAGCAACUGGCAACAAUAUUCAGUCACUGUUUCGGCCCGGCUCCCCUGCCAGCGCUGCCCGAGAUGAAGGCCACGCUCUCCGCACAGCUAGACCCUCAUUUCCUGAACAACCGGGAGAUGUCUGAUGUGACAUUUGUGGUGGAGGGGAAGCCGUUCUACGGUCACAGGGUCCUGCUGAUCACGGCCUCCGACAGGUUCAAGUCUCUACUGGUAUCUUCUGGGACAGAUGGAAGCCCCAGCAAACAGAUUGAGAUCAGUGAUGUGAAAUACAACAUUUUUCAGAUGAUGAUGUCAUACCUGUACUGUGGAGGAACAGAGUCGCUGAAGACCAAUGUAACUGACCUGCUGGAGUUGUUGUCAGUUGCCAGUAUGUUCCAGUUGGGGGCGCUACAGAGGCACUGUGAAAUCAUCUGCUCUCAACACAUCAGCCUGGACAGUGCAGUCAGCAUCUACAAGAUGGCCAAGAUGCACGGUUCCGUGGAGCUGAUCUCACUCUGCGAGGGUUACUUCCUGCAGCACAUGCCUGCUCUGCUGGAAAGAGAGGGCUUCAGGACCCUGCUGCUGGGUCCCCCCGCAGCCCGCACAGGGGCCAGCUGCACGCCCGCUCUGGCCAACACUCGGGGAGACUCCCCUCUGGAGGAACUGGAGGCCACCCUGGCACGACGACUAUGCUCGCUCUGCAUCACCUCCCGCGUCUGAGGAGCACAAAUGAGAUGCUGUGGAGAAAAGACAGAUAUGUGCAGGAGAAUGUGAAGGGAGCGAGAGCGGUCAGGCUGAUGUUUUUAGCUUAUCGCCGAUGCAUGGAUCAGAUGUCUUGCGGUUACUGUGAUAGUUGAAGGACGAAAUGAUUAGAAACAUCUGAUUCUACAUCUGUGACAAAAAAAAAGUAAGGUCUGCCUUCACACU